AUGAAUUUUUAUAAUUUUGGUAUAAAUAAAUGCAUAGUAGAAGCUUUCGAAAAAAUGAAUUUUAUGAAACCUUCAUUAAUUUAAUAAAAGGCUAUACCAUCAAUAUUAUAAAAAUAAGAUGUUAUAUGUUAAGGAGAAGCAGGAACUGGAAAGACAUUAUGUUUUUUAGUAUAAGUGCUUUAAUAUGGGUUGGAAAUUUAUUAAGAAAAUUAAUAAAGAAAAGCUAGAAUUUAAUAAUCCCUUACUAUUGAUAAUACAAUUUAAAAUUUUGAGAAUCCUUUACCAUAUGCAUUAAUAAUUGUUCCUACAAGAGAAUUAGCAAUAUAAAUUACAGAUAUAUUAACAAAAGUUGUAAAUAAAAUAGAAGGAAUAGAGAAAGACUAUUUUUAAUCUCAUUUAUUUAUAGGAGGACUACCUGUAGAAUAAGAUAGAGAUGUACUUAAAACUAGAAGGUGUACUAUUAUUAUAGGUACAGUUGGAAGGAUUAUGUAAAUGAUUUAAGAAAAGUUGAUGAAUCUAUGCAAUAUUAAAUUAUUAAUUUUAGAUGAAGCAGAUAAAUUACAUGAAAAUUAUACAUUUUAACCUCAUUUUAAGAAAAUCUUAUCAAAUAUAGUUGGAAGAAAUCAGGAUUAAAAUAAGCCACAAAUAUUGUGUUUUUCAGCUACAUAUCCUUCAAAAGUAAUAGGAUUGAUAUAAUUAUGCUUGAGUAAUCCUAAAUUAAUAAAAUCAAAUGAAGAAAUAUGUUUAGAUAAUCUAACAUAAUUUUAUAUUAAAUUAAAUUAUGAUGAUGAAAAUAGAUCGAAAUAAUAAAUAAAAACUGAAGCCAUCGCAAAAAUAAUGAAAUAACUUUCAAUCAAGUAAACUAUAAUUUUUUAUAAUGACAAAGUUAGAGGAGAAAAUUUAUUCAUGGAUCUAAAGGCUGAAGGUUUUAAUCCAGUACUUAUACAUGGAGAUUUAACUUAAUCUGAUAGGAUAAAAAUGAUGCAUUAACUUAAAAGAAAUAGGGCUAAUUUAAUUAUUUCCACAGAUCUAGUAUUAUAUUUAUUUACAUUUAAAGCUUUCAAGAGGAAUAGAUGUAGAUACUCUAGAUUUAGUUGUUCAUUUUGAUACACCAACUUCUUAUGAAACAUAUUUACAUAGAAUUGGUAGAACAGGUCGAUUUGGAACUUUUGGUUUAUCAUUAUUGUUAGAAUCAACUAGUUUUAAAGAUGUUUAAGAAUUUAUAGAAGAUGAAAUUCCAAAAUUGAAUCUUAAAUUAGAUGAAAAACAUUGUAAUAUGGUUGAAAAAAAAGAAUUUUAUGCAGAAUUCUUAAAUGGAAUAUCAGAUUGGAAAUAAACAAAUUAUAAGUUUUAUGAUGAAAAUAAAUUUCAAUAUUUUGAAGAUUAAAAUAAUAAUGACAAUGAUUAAAUUAAUAACUUUUAGAAAGAGGAAAUAGUCAUAAGGCCUAGAAAAUAAAAAAAAAUAUAGGAAGAUGAUAAUUAAUAAUAAUAAUAAUAAUAAUAAUAAUAAUAAUAAUAAUAAUAAUAAUAAUAAUAAUAAUAAUAAUAAUAAUAAUAAUAAUAAUAAUAAUAAUAAUAAUAAUAAAUUGAAGUGGAAUAAGUUUAAGAAUAGAUAUAAAUCAAAUAGAAUUAAUCAAUAAAAUUCAAUAUUAAUGAAAUUAAAGAUAUUUUAAAAUGUGAAUGUUGUCGAUAAUUUUAUUAAUAAUUAAAAUGUUUAAGUAAAGAAUUAGAAUAAUAUUUUGAAUGA